AUGAGUGCCACAUCAGCCACCAGUUGUCUCCUGCCACCACUGCUUGUGCCUGAACAAGAAGAGGAUCAAGAGCGUUCUGAGGCAUAUAUGUCUGUUCUGUGGUUUGCAGGGCAGCUUGCAAUCACUUACUAUGACACAGAAGAUUGCUCGGUUUACUUCAUGCCUGACACACCUGAUAACGAAGACCUCAAACUACUGCAGAAAGCGAUUGGGGAAGUUCUUCCUCAAUGCAUAGUGACCAGUGCAAAACAGGACCAGAACAUUGCCAAAUUCCUGACCAACCUAAGGGAUACGGCUGAUGAUAAAGAUACAAGAAAACCAGAAAUUGUCCUGUUUCCUAACAUAGAUUUUGGCCUAGAAGUCAGCAAGCAACGGAUCCUAUCCAGGCAAUUUCCAUUUAUCCCAACUCAUAUGACCGCAACAGAGAAAAUUCUCUACUUGUCCUCAAUCAUUCCUUUUGAGAGCCCACUCAUGAUACGAGCACUAGGGGGACUCCUGAAGUUCCUCGACAGGAGACGGGUUGGAGUUGAGCUAGAAGAAAACACUGUUGCAGUUCCUAUUUUGGCCUUUAAAAAAUUUGUGCUGUCAGAUAUUGUGAAUAUGGACCAAGACACUUACUGUGUCCUGCAGAUAUUUAAAAGUGAUAUCCAUCCUUCUGUGUACAAGCUGUCAAGUGGAUUAAAAGAAGGAUUCAGUUUAUAUGGGAUUUUAAACCGUUGCAGGUGCAAAUGGGGAGAAAAACUGCUGAGGCUGUGGCUUACACGACCUACUCAGAACUUGAUAGAGCUGAACAAACGGCUAGAUGUUAUCCACUUCUUCCUACUGGCUCAGAACCAUGAAACUGUUCUCACCCUUCAAGAUUGUCUCAAGAAUAUAAAAAAUGUGCCUCUUAUUCUAAAAAGAAUGACUCUUUCCCACACAAGAGUUAGUGACUGGCAAGCACUCUAUAAGACAGUGUACAGUGCUGUGUGCCUCAGAGACACGUGUCGUUCUCUACCCAGCACUAUUGAACUCUUUCAGACUAUAUCACACGCGUUCACCGAUGAUCUGCACUACAUUGCCAGUCUAAUCAGCAAAGUGGUGGACUUUGAAGGCAGCAUCUCAGAGAAUCGCUUCACUGUUAGACCGAAUGUGGAUCCCACCAUUGAUGAAAAGAAACGAAAGCUAAUGGGGCUGUCAGACUUCCUUACAGAAGUGGCCCGGAAAGAACUGGAGACCUUAGACAACCAUAUUCCUUCCUGUUGUGUGAUCUACAUUCCUUUGAUUGGGUUUCUUCUCUCCAUUCCACGGCUACCAACUAUGGUGGAUAAGAAUGACUUUGAAAUUGAAGGCUUGGACUUCAUGUUCUUGUCAGAGGAUAAACUGCACUACAGAAGUGCUAGGACUAAGGAACUAGACAGCAUGCUGGGUGACUUGCACUGCGAAAUAAGGGACCAGGAAACACUUAUCAUGCACCAGCUACAGACAAAGAUCCUGGAGAAGUCUGAAGUGCUUAACAGUGUAAUUGAGUACACAGCACACCUAGAUGUACUACUAGCUUUGGCAGUGAUGGCCCGGGAGAAUGCCUACUGCCGGCCACACUUUACUCGCCGCCAUGGCUUCCACAUCAAGGAUGGAAGGCAUCCACUUAUGGAACUAUGUGCAAAGACUUUUGUGUCCAAUCCUGUGAACAGUGGCGAGGCUACUGGACGAAUAAAGAUCAUCACAGGGCCUAACUCAUCUGGAAAGAGCGUCUACUUAAAGCAAGUAGGUCUUAUAAUAUUCAUGGCUCUAAUUGGCAGUUAUGUCCCUGCAGCAGAGGCUGAGAUUGGAGCAAUUGAUGGGAUUUACACCAGAAUCCACAGUAGGGAAUCAGUUUCUGUAGGGCUCUCCACUUUCAUGAUUGAUCUCAAUCAGGUUGCCAAGGCAGUAAACAAUGCUACAGAAAGGUCCUUGGUACUUAUUGAUGAGUUUGGCAAAGGAACCAACACAAUGGAUGGCCUCUCCCUUCUAGCUGCUGUACUGAGGUACUGGAUCAGUCAAGGAACCCGGUGUCCACAGGUCUUUGUCUCCACUAAUUUUCACAGUUUAAUGCAGCUAGAACUCCUACCAGACACACCUCUUCUGCAGUACUUGACCAUGGAGACCCACCAAGAUGGAAAUGAGUUGAUUUUUUUCUAUCAGGUCAAACAGGGCAUAUCUACAGUUAGUCACGCUGCCAACAUUGCUGCCUUAGCUGGAAUGCCAGCCAAAAUUAUUGAAAGAGGAGUGGAAGUAUCAGAACUGAUUCGCAGUGGAAAAGCUAUCGAACGUAUUGAUCAUCCUUCAAAAGGGGAACAGAUGAAAAGAUGCAAGGCUCUUGUGGAAAAGUUUAUUUGCUUAGACCUUGAUGAUCCCCAUGUGGACUUAGAAGACUUCAUACGUAAAGAGGUGCUGCCUUCUGCCACCUCAGUUCUGUAA